GUUUUUGUUUGUAUCUUGCUUCAGUGUAACACUUGCAUUGACACGACUAAAACCACAAAUAGUGAAUGACAUAACGCUCAGCUUAGCUAGCUGAACAACUUCAUAAAUGCUUAUCGUUUAAAAAACUUUGCAAGAUAUGUAUCUUUAGCUGGCUAGCGUCUCUUACUAAUCACUGGACUCAAUUGUCGUUAUGAAUGCUAUCCUUGAUCAACAAAACGAAUAUUAAAUUUAGCUAGGUAGCUAACAGUCAGGUUUAGCUCUCGACUCCAAACCUUCGAAUCUUUAGACGCAACCAAUUGACGUGUCGAACCCUCUCCAAACACCCAAUCACAGAACGUAAUGUUGGCGUGCAUGAUUUGAAACAAACAUGGCAGCCUCCUGUACUCAUACACAUGAAGGUUGCUGGAAAUUUGACAGCUAUAGUUAACUAAAUGAAGAAUGGAAAAAUGUUGAGCUUGUCAAUAAAAGAGGUCUCUUUGGCAUUGAGGGAGGGUAGGAUUUCUCCUACGGAACUGUGUCUCAAAUGCCUCAACAGGAUCAAGAAAACACAAAGCCUCAAUGCCUACAUCACUGUGACAGAGGAGCUGGCAUUGAAACAGGCUCAGGAAGCCGAGGACAGGCUCCUCAAAGGUGCACCUAAAGGUCCUCUAGAUGGAAUCCCCUUUGCUGUGAAAGACAACUUCUGCACAGAGAAGAUCAAGACCACCUGUGCCUCAAUUAUGCUUAAAGACUACAUCCCACCUUACAAUGCCACGGUGGUUCAGAAGCUUUUCAACCAAGGAGCCGUUCUAAUGGGAAAGACCAACAUGGAUGAAUUUGCAAUGGGAGCAGGCAGCACUGACGGUGCAUUCGGACCAGUCCGGAACCCUUGGAGCUACUCAGCCCCAUACAAAGAUCUAACAGGGGCGGAGCCAGAAUCUGACUGGGUCAUAUCUGGAGGUAGCUCCGGAGGAAGUGCAGCAGCUGUGGCGUCUCUUACCACCUUUCUGGCUUUGGGGUCAGAUACGGGUGGUUCCACUCGUAACCCGGGGGCUCUGUGUGGGGUGGUGGCCUUGAAGCCCACCUACGGCCUGGUCUCCAGACACGGCCUCAUCCCCCUGGUCAACUCCAUGGACGUACCUGGCAUCAUGACCCGAAGCGUCCAUGAUGCUGCCACCAUCCUCGGUGUACUCCAAGGCCAUGAUGUCAGAGACUCAACAACAGUCCCCAGCCCUCCUUCACAUGAAGAGCUACCAGAGGACCUGGAUGUGAAGAACCUACGUGUAGGCAUUCCUAAGGAGUACCAUGCCCUGGGUUUGUCGGCAAAGACGUUAGACCAGUGGGUCCGCGUGGCAGACAUGUUUGAGCGAGCUGGGGCACGGGUGGAGCAGGUGUCCCUCCCCCACACCCAGCACUCCAUCGUCUGCUACCAUGUCCUGUGCCACGCAGAGGUGGCGUCCAAUAUGGCACGCUUCGACGGCCUUGAAUACGGCCACCGUAGCAGUGUGGACAGUUCAACGGAGGCUAUGUAUGCCACAACACGCCACAAAGGCUUCAACAGCGUUGUCCGAGGGCGGAUACUGUCUGGGAACUACUUCCUGCUCAAACAGAACUACGAGCACUACUUUGUGAAGGCCCAGCAGGUCCGACGGCUGAUAGUGGAAGACUUCAAGAGUGUGUUCCGUUCGGGCAUCGACGUGCUACUUACGCCUACCACACUUGGUGAUGCGGCGCACCAUGCCGAGUUCAUGCAGGAAGACAAUCGCACACGCAGUGCCCAGGAAGACAUCUUCACACAGUCUGUCAACAUGGCAGGUCUUCCUGCUGUUUCUGUUCCAACUGCUUUGUCAGACCGAGGCCUCCCCAUUGGUCUGCAGCUAAUAGGCCCCGCCCUUCAGGACAGGAAGCUGCUGGCCGUCGCCCAAUGGAUAGAGCAGAGGGUGGGAUUUCCCUCCAUCAGUUACCAUAGCAAUACGGACAAGGGGAUGGAAGGCACCAUGUUGGAGAAGACAUCCAUUCCAUGAGAAGGGCUCUGAACGUAUAUACUCUUGUCUUCUUUAUUUAAGGGCCUAUACUAUCACUGGAUGCUUUUGGUCAUGAUAGGACCCUAAAUGGUAAAACCUGGUUGAAUGUUUAGUCUGUGUAUAAAAUAACCUCAUUCAUUUUGCACCA